UGUCAUUUUGUAUGGAAGAAAGAUUCAUACUAUGAGUCGAUAGAGCACAUACACAAGUCCAAGGAGCUCAAACCCAUCCUUUCUUUGAAAGAUUUCAUAGCCCAAAACCCAAAUGGUUGUAUCCCAAUCUCUGAUGUAUCAAAAAGAGGACUGCAAUUUGAUGUGAAGAUCAAGGUUGCUAGGUUUUUGAGACAAUAUCCCUCAAUCUUUGAGGAGUUUGUUGGUCCAAAAUAUAAUUUGCCUUGGUUUAGAUUGACGGAAGAAGCUGCUGCAAUUAAUAGAGAAGAGAACAAGGUGCUUGAGGAGUAUAAAGAGGAUUUGAAAGAGAGAUUGAAGAAGUUUAUAUUAAUGAGUAAGGAGAAGGUAUUGCCUUUCAAGAUUAUUAAAGGCAUGUUAUGGUAUUUGGGUUUACCGGAAGAUUUUUUGCAGCAUCAAGAUAAGAAUUUUGACAGUUCUUUUAGAGUUGUGGAGUUGGAGGAUGGAUCAAAGGGAUUGGGUGUUGAAAGUACCAAAAAGAUUUUGUCAGUAUUGCAGAAAAAUGCAAUGAGGAAAGGGUUAUAUUAUGGAGAGCCAAUGGAGGCAAUUGAAUUUCCCCUUUUCCCAUCAAAGGGUUUGAGGUUGAGGAGAAAGAUUCAGGAUUGGUUGAAAGAGUUCCAAAAACUUCCUUAUGUAUCACCCUAUGAAGAUAAUUCACAUUUAGAUCCUAACAGUGAUAUUGGAGAGAAAAGAGUUGUGGGUUUGCUUCACGAAUUUCUUUCUUUGUUUGUUGAGCAUUCAGUAGAAAGGAAGAAGCUUUUGUGCCUUAAGAAGUAUUUUGAGUUGCCCCAGAAGGUGCAUAAGGCAUUUGAAAGGCAUCCCCACAUGUUUUACUUGUCUUUCAGGAACAAGACUUGCACAACAAUUCUUAAGGAGGCAUAUGGUGAUGAUGAACUGGCUAUGGAGAGGCAUCCAAUGGCGAUGAUCAGGAAGGAGUACAUUAAGUUGAUGAAGGAAUCAGAGGUGAUUUUGAAGAGGAGAAGAGCAAACAAUCCAUUUCUUGAAUAUAAGAAGUUGGAUUUUGAAAUGGAUUCUGUCAAUGAAGUAAGAAGAGAAGAGGAGAAACAGUAGGGUUUCAGGCAGACUGGUAGAGACUAAUUAGAGGAUCAGGUGCGCGCCCUUCAAAUGGUACAAAAUGAUUCUGAACUCACCAGCUUGACAUCGAUACAGGCACCCCUAGUCAAUGUAGAGAUCAGAGGAGUGCCAGCACUUAAAUUUUUGGGAGACAUCAUAUGGAAAUGAGCUCUGAAGAGCAAUAUCAGAAAUGCAGAGAGCCGCCUCCAUCUUUGUGGUAGGCUUGCAUACACUUGGAGGAGCAGCUAAGUUACCAAACAAAAUAGGAAUAGUCAUUCAUUGGCAAACAAGAUAGUUCCAUUACAGCUUUUAACAAAAUUUACGUAAGAAGAAACCAUUUCGUUGAGUGGCAAUUGCAGGAUACAGAAGAAGAAGCCCCUAAUAAUCAAGAAGCCAUAUAGGGAAGGUAACGGUUGCCUGUUAAGUUUUUCCAUAUUAACAUGGUUCUUGUUGCAUAUACAUGAAGUUUGUAUUUGUUCUUUUCAAGUCAGAUUUCUCAUGUAAUAUUUCCAUUUUUUAAAGUUUGUACUACAAAUUAAUAUAGUAUCAUAUAAAGAGCGGUUAGCCAUUGCACAGUGUAAUGAACAGUUCAA